AUGGUAUACAUCAAACAUUGGGCAGAUUUUCACUCUCGUGCCCUCGAGCUGUAUCAGGGAGAUCCAGACAGGACUCGCUAUCUGGUUAAAGCUCACCCAGCCAGACAAUGGCUCGUCCUUAAAGUCACCGACAAUGUCACUACUCUCAAGUACCGCUCCCGCUCCACCGUCAUACUCAACCGCUUCGAGCUCUUAAACCGCGAGCUGACGGCAAAGAUGGCAGCACAAGAUCAAGGAGUAGCUCCAGCGGGCCAGGGAGGUGAGAACCGGGCUCUCGGUGUUGUCAAAGAUAAGACGAGCGCCUCACAGGUCGAUGUGGCAGACGCAGCAGUUGGCCAAGGUGGGGUUGGUGGAGCGGGAGGGGUGGGCGGCAGUGGGCAGGCAGCCAGCAACAGCAAGAAGAAGAAGAAGAAGAAAGGUGGCAACAAGUAG